ACGGUGUUAAACUUAAUAUAUAUGCAGCAAAUUAAUCUAAUUAUUAUUACUUGUUAUAAUCUUGUGUUAUAUAUAUAAAUCUUUAUAUGACAGAGAAAACUACCAAAACUCUUCGACAAAUACACAGUACUAAAGAGUCAUUUGCGAAAAUCACACAUGUUAAAUGACAGUAGUCACAAGAAGAUGAUGAACAAUGCUGAGAAGAAAAAGAUUGAGCAAAAGGAAAAAUUAAGGACUAAAAUUGCAAAUUUUAGAGAGUCUACUCUAGUCGCGGCUGCAUUGAUUGCGACAGUAACAUUCACAGCAGGAUUUACAUUACCAGGAGGUAACAUAAGCGGGGACGAUAAUAAGCAACAACAACAACAAGGUAGCGCGGUUUUAAGGAAUAACGUAGCGUUUCAAGCCUUCAUCGUAACAGACACAAUAGCCCUAGUCCUUUCUACUACGGCUGUUUUUAUCAACCUCUUUUUAACUAUAGCAUCAUUAGGUGAAGAUGAAAAUGAGGAGUUUGUAUCUAACUACAUCAAGUCUAUGAAUUUAACAAUAUGGGCUAUGGCAUUUAUGGUGAUAGCAUUUGUGACUGGUACCUAUGCAGUGUUGUCACUUUCCAAUGCUCUUGCCAUUGCUAUUUGUUUAAUUGGAUUGUCUUUCUUUAUUCGCUUUUUUUCAAUAAUCAAAUCCAAAUUUAAAAGAUUUGAUUUCACCAAUAUUGGAAGGGAAGCCAUUAUUGUUGUGGGUUAAGUUUUUAUUCUAACUUGUUUAGUUAUUAG